AUGACAUUUCCUUUUGGAACAGACCAGUCUCAAGAUGCUGAUACCAAAGAAAAAAACGCGAAUAAACCGCAAUCCUCGUCGUCUCAUAUUGACAGCUAUAUCAACGAUCUCAACGAAUACUUGGGUGACUUUUUACAAAAUUCUCAACCUUCCUAUGACCCAAACGUCGACAUUAUAAAAGACGAAAAGACAAUUCAAAAGGAACUACUAAAGUUUAAAGAAGAACGAGAGAACUCUUUAAAAAAAGACGAUAAUAAUGAUAAUAGUGACCGAGAAACCAAGAAAAACAAAUACAAUUUUUUUUCAUUUGACCAUUCGGCCAACUCGUUUAAUCCUAAUUCAUUUGGUUCUCCAGAUACAACACAAAAAAAGCUCGAAGAACAGCAAAAGCUCCAACAGCCGCAAAAUGAAACAGCUAUUUAUGAUCUUGAACAACAACAACAGCAACCAGAAUUAGAUGAUAAAGAUAAAGAGAUCAGAUAUGCACAAGAACUUGCAGCUGGCAGAGAAAUUACCGAACAAAAAAAAGCAAUAUCUCAAGGAGCUUUAUUGAACUGUGCAGACUUGGACUGGGAACUACGAGAAUGUUUCACGCGUGGGACGUUUUGGCAACGUCUUACGAUGUGUCAUGAGCCAAGAGAGACAUUUUGGAAGUGUGUUACAAGGCAAAAGGAACUUUUAAAAGAAUUAAAUUAUUACGCACCUUCAAAAUCAGAUCAGGAAAAUCAAGAAAUACUAGAUAAGGCCGACUCGAUCGCUCAAGAAGAGAGGCUAAAUGCGAAAUAA